AUGGCCGUCAACAACAACAAGCUCCUUCUGUUAACAUUCGCCAUAUGCCGUCUAAUAGUAACGGUGGGAUUAACGGUGGUCCCGGAGCUGCUCGAUGUGGGACUUGACGGUCGACUGAGCGUGGACAAGCGGGAGCUGGAGGCGGCUUCGGUGGACUUCGGGAGGCUGAGCAGAGGGGCACCUUCGGAGGUGGUGCACCCUGCGACGGCGGAGGACGUGGCGAGGGUGGUGAAGGCUGCGUUCGAGUCUGGGUUCCCGGUGUCGGCGAGAGGACAGGGGCAUUCGAUAAACGGGCAAGCACUGAUAACAGAGAAGAAAGGGGUGGUGAUUCAAAUGGGAAAAGGUGGUGGUGGUGGUAGUGGUGUUAAAGUGUGUGACAAAGGAAUGUAUGUGGACGUGUGGGGUGGGGAGUUGUGGAUAGAGGUUUUGAGUGCAACAUUGGAGUAUGGGCUGGCUCCCAUGUCUUGGACUGAUUACUUGUACUUGUCUGUGGGUGGAACCCUAUCCAACGCUGGGAUUAGUGGACAAACCUUCAAUCACGGUCCUCAGAUCACCAAUAUUUACGAGCUCGAUGUAGUUACAGGAAAGGGUGAGUUGGUGACAUGUUCAGAACAUCGUAACUCGGAGUUGUUCCAUGCUGUUCUUGGAGGUCUUGGACAAUUUGGAAUCAUCACGAGGGCUCGAAUUGCUCUCGAACCAGCUCCUCACAGAGUUCGGUGGAUACGAGUACUGUAUUCGAAUUUUGGAAGGUUUUGUAAGGACCAGGAGUAUCUGAUUUCUCUGCAUGGGAAAGCAGGGAGAGAGAGAUUCGAUUAUGUGGAGGGUUUCGUGAUAGUUGAUGAAGGGUUGAUCAAUAAUUGGAGGUCUUCGUUUUUCUCAGCAAGUAACCCUGUUAAAAUCACUUCCCUCAACGCUGAUGGAGGUGUUUUGUACUGCUUGGAGAUCACCAAAAAUUACGACCAAGAGAACGCAGAUUCUGUUGACGAGGAAAUACAGGCUCUGUUGAAAAAGUUAGAUUUUAUACCAACAUCGGUGUUCACAACUGACUUGCCUUACGUGGAUUUUCUGGAUCGUGUACAUAAGGCAGAGUUGAAGCUUAGAUCCAAGGGUUUAUGGGAUGUUCCUCAUCCAUGGCUCAAUCUUUUUGUUCCAAGAUCAAGGAUAGGGGACUUCGACAAGGGUGUCUUUAAGGGCAUUCUGGGAAAUAAGACAAGUGGGCCUAUUCUCAUCUACCCUAUGAACAAAAGCAAUGGAAAUGCAAAGAAAGGAAAGAACAAGAAACACAGCUACAGCUAUGUGAUAGCAGUAGAAAGACACCGAGACACAGGAGGGUUGUAUUUUAGCCAACACAGGAAAUGGAAAUCGUCAUCAAAGCCAGCUAGGAAGUGA